AUGAGUAGACCGUACAAUAAACGUUAUCGUAAAAAUUACAACAAAUCAAAAGAUGAGCGGCCAGCAAAAAAAAAAAAGAUAAUGAUGAUGAUGAUGAUGAUAAUAAUCAUCCGAAUUUUAAUGCUGAAAAUGAAUAUGACAGUGACGAUGAAUCGUUAAAUGUUUAUGCUUUUAACAAUAAUAAUCAACCUAAGCCACGUUAUUUUGGUUGCAAACUUUAUUUUGAUUCUGAAGAUAUUGACGACGAUGAAUUGAUAAUAAGAAUAAACGCAGCUAUAAAAUUUAUGGAGAAAAAUCCGGAUAUAUAUGCGCCGUAUUUAUCAGCGAAGCAAACAGGCCCAGCUUUCAACAUCAAUGUAGAUCGCUUCAACAACGACGAAGAGUUUAUUGAUGAGUGGUCAUCAUUUAACAUCGACUUGGUAGAAUCACCUAGCCAAACUUUGAAUUGUCUUGGUCUAGCACUUUAUCACGUGUUGGCUGACUCGCUGCAGCUACCAGACCUACCAAUGUUGCGAGUUAAAAUAUUUAAUCAAAAGCCAGUAGUACCCUCGAGUGAUCUAAAAGCUAGCUCACGUGGAAAAUUAGUUGCUACACGCGGAUGUGUAAUCCGAGUUGGGCGCCCGUCAUACAUGUGCGGGUGGAUGCUGUUUUCUUGCAAGAGCUGCAAGGCCUUCCAGGUUACCAAGCAGAAAGACUGGCUUCACACUUUACCAAAAAAAUGCAAAGAAUGCAGCAAGUGUAAGUUUACUCCCAGGUUGGAUUCGCGUCACACUAAGACGACACUUUUUCAAGUGGUAAAGCUGCAAGAAAAUUUAGAUAACAUGCAAGACGACAGUGGAAAGAUGCCGAGGAUUUUGGAAGUUGAGCUAUUUGACGACUUGGUUCGUACUUGCGUACCCGGAGAUGAUGUUACAGUAGUUGGGAUAAUCAAAGCUCGAGGUAUUGACGACGGAAUACCCAAAGCUAAGGGAAAAGGCAAAGAUCUUGCUAUGACAAAUGCUUUUUACAUCGAAGCAGUCUCAAUUGUUAACAACAAGAACAAAUCUCAGACAAAAAGCGCUUCGGGAAUUGAGCUUGAAGAUAAAGAUUACAAAUUGAUCCAAAAUAUUGAAUCCGACCCGGAUAAUUUUCCGCUGCUUGUCCGAUCGCUCUGUCCUGCAAUUUACGGCCACGAGAUGAUAAAAGCCGGGUUGCUUUUGAGUUUGUUCGGUGGAACUGCAAAUGAAUCAUCGAGAGACGACAUUCACGUGUUGAUGGUCGGAGAUCCUGGUCUGGGCAAGUCCCAGAUGCUUCAAGCUUGCGCAAGAAUAGCUUCCAAGGGUGUCUACGUCUGUGGAAACUCUAGCACGUCAUCUGGUCUCACUGUCACGCUUUCCAAAGAAGGAGGAACCAAUGACUUUGCACUCGAGCCUGGAGCUCUUGUCCUAGCUGACCGUGGCUGCUGUUUAAUAGACGAAUUCGAUAAAAUGCCUACGCAACAUCAAGCUCUUCUAGAAGCGAUGGAACAGCAGACUGUUAGUGUUGCUAAAUCUGGAGUUCUUUGCUCAUUGCCGGCCAGAACAUCAAUUCUGGCUGCUGCUAAUCCUAUUGGUGGGCGGUACAAUGCUAAUAAAUCAGUUAUUGACAACUUGAAUCUCAGCCAGCCGCUUUUGUCAAGAUGUGACUUGAUUUUUUUGCUACUGGAUCAGCCAGACCGUGAGCAGGACAGCUUGUUGGUUGAACACGUCAUGAACGCUCGUAAAGGGUUCCAAAGAGCUGGGAACCAACUGGAAACUCAGAAGACUAAUCUUCCUUCUACUAGUGCUCUUGUGGAGCAUCACUCGCCUAUCGAUGAUGGUCUUUCUCUUCGAGAAAGACUUUCUGCUGCGAACAGGCGGAAGGAUAUUAUUCCUCAGGUUUUGUUGAGAAAGUAUGUUGCUUAUGCGAGACAGUAUGUAAAGCCCAAGCUGACCAGAGAAGCUGCUAAGGUAUUGCAGAGAUUUUAUUUGAAGCUCAGAGAGCAGACCCACAUCUUUGGCUCGCUACCAGUAUUUCACAGACAACUAGAAGCAUUAAUUCGUCUUACUGAGGCAAGGGCUAAGUUGUCUUUGAGACUCCAAACUACUGAAGAAGACGCCGUAGAAGUUGUUGAAAUUUACAAAUAUGCGUUGUCUUGUGUGCCAAAAAUCACUUUACAUUCAACGUUAAAAAAUGAUGGAGGCAAAAUAACUGCCAACAAAGUGAAAGCUUUUAUAAAGAUAUUAAAAGAUGAAGUCAAAAGUGGAGUAAAUCGUUUCACUAAGACAGAUUUGAACGAAUUGGCUAUCGACAAUGGUAUUUUGGUCGAUGAUUUCAAUGGUUUGAUACGGAAAUUAAACGACCAAGGCAUUCUGUUAAAAUUAGGCAAUGAUAUAUAUAAAUUUGGCGGUGAUUAG